AUGGGAAAUUACCCAAUCAGCGGGAACCACAGUACCGAUGGGUUCACAGCAAAUGCGCUGGUUAUCAUUGACGACCAUACAUAUCUUGAGCUCCUCUCGUUCACCCACCCAGCAGACUCUUACCCACCUUCGUCGCCGCGGCACCAGCACAAAUGGGCAGCCCGUGCUCCGGGUUGGAUCGACUAUGCUUUCCUGGGGAAUGGUAUUCUUGAUGAAGGCCCGCAACGAAUUUCGGAUGUGAUCAACGGCCGGUGGAGGCGGGAGACAAAGUUGUACAACGAAGAAGUUGGUGGCGGGCGCACAAGGGAAGAUGGGGUGAAGCUUGAGUGGGUUAUCAGCGCGCCGGCGGAAAACCACGGUCUUUUGCCCUUCUUUUGCGGGGAUGUGACGGAUCGGCAGUUGCGGGUUCCAACAAGGCCAGAUUCGAAUACCACGCACCCUUCUGGUGCCCGAGGAGUUGCACACAUUCGUAUUCUCGUCAAGAGUGACGAGUUUCAACUUGUUGCUGACCAGUUGAGCGCGGUUAUCGACGCGAAGCCGUUUGAACGGCUGGAAGGGACAGCCAAGUGGCAUCUGUCCACACUUAAUGGGCUGCGUUCGCCGACGUUGGUCGUCAGCAUACCAGAAAGUGGAGAGGAGGAGGACUUUUUGAGAGAGAAUACAGAGCCGAACAUUUACGAGGUUGCAUUCUGGGUCGGAGAGAAGGGGAAGUUGGGGAGCGUCUUGUCGCCGUUUGGCAGGAUUGUUUGGGUAAAGUAG